CCGCGAUUCCGUCGGAGGUAUUUUCCGGUUGCACUGUGGUCCGCCGCUCUAACGUGUCCCCCUGUAACACGGUGGAGUCGUGCAGGCUGUUGUGAGUGGAAGUGAGUUUGUGGACGGACCCGUCGACACAGAGACAGAAUCCUCAACUCAGGACUGUGCAGUGGCCUGAAACCACACUCUGAAGCAGAAUGACGUCCCCUUCACCCCAUGACCGCAGCCGGAAUGAUGACGAGGACGACCCGGUGGAUCGGAUGAUAUCCCAGACUGGAUGUGCCGAGCUGCACUACGCUGUGCAGGAGUGCAUGGCUGAGCACCAGGACUGGCGAGUGUGCCAGAGCCAGGUCCAGACUUUCAAGGACUGCAUGAUGGAUUUCCAAAAAGCCCGGAAAGAACAGCUGAUGAAGCAGCGGCCAAUGUCCACUGAGUCUGCUUCCAACUGAACUCACCAAACCACACAGACAGACAAACACACACACACACACACACACACACACACACACACACACACACACACACACACACACACACACACACACACACACACACACACACACACACAGACACACACACGUUUUGAAUGAAAACACUGCACCGAUUUUUAGGUGUGUUGUGGAGAGCUGAAUGAUAAAUAUGAUUUGUUGAUCACAACAGACUUUCAUGCUGAUUUAUUUAAGUUUAAAUUAGUUUAUGUGCAUGUUGGAAGAAGUUAAUUUUUCAGUUAUGUACUGCACUCAUAACAUAUCUUGGUCAGAACAGUUAAAAAUAUUAUUUUUGUGUUUACGAAUAAACAACAUAAAUUAUUGAUCUAUUAAAAAUAAUACUCUAUUU